UAUCCUGGCCAAGAAGCCUCAUCCGGCCACGAGUGAGGCAGACGAAGAGCUGGUUCGUCUGAUGCUGUCUCGCUGGAGUGACUCAAAGACUGGUCUAGAUGAAGCCAAGGAGGAACGGUAUAAUGUCUUCCUGUCAUUUCCAGAUGAGAAGAAUCCAAACAGUGUCAAAGUUUUGAACACAGAAGGUAACGUCAAGUUCGUAUCACAAAAAACAGAGUCCGAACUCCACGAAGACCAGAAAGACCCAAACAUUCUGCAGCCAUUUCUUGCCUUUGCACCCAAUGGUACAGUUAAGGGACAACUUGUAUACGCCAAUGAAGGCAAGAUAAGUGAUUUUCAGUACCUGGCUAAUAUUAUAAAUCUGAACGGCACCAUUGCAAUUGUACGCUAUGGAGGAAUAGGCAGAGUAAAUAAGGCAAUAAAUGCUGCCAAAUUUGGAGUUAUUGGAGUAGUGAUAUACACUGAUCCCAAAGAUAUAAAUGACGGAAAGAGCAAUCCUGUUGAAACCUACCCCAACUCCUGGUAUAUGCCCCCAUCUGGCGUAGAACGGGGUUCAUUCAAGGAGAAUUUUGGAGACCAGCUGACUCCCUACUAUCCAGCUAAAGAAUUUACUUACCGAAUUCCCGAGUCUGAGAUAAAAGGCAUUUCCCAUAUACCGGCACAACCAAUUGGUUUUGGAGAUGCUCGGACCUUGAUAUGUGAACUGGGUGGACCAGAUGCACCGGACAACUGGCAAGGAGCUCUCGGAUGUCCCUACAAAGUAGGACCUGGCUUCCGAACAGGUGAAUUCAAUAACAGUGAAGUUCAAGUUAAUGUUUACAACAAGCGAACAAUACGAUCUUCAGCAAACGUGAUGGGGCUUAUCAGAGGAGCCGUAGAGCCGGACAGGUACAUUAUGUAUGGCAACCACAGGGAUAGCUGGGUACAUGGUGCCAUCGAUCCAAGUAGUGGAACUGCAGUGAUGCUGGAGAUAGCCAGAAUUUUGGGCACCAAGCUAAAAAGUGGUACAUGGCGUCCUCGAAGAACCAUCAUUUUUGGCAGCUGGGGAGCAGAAGAGUUUGGACUUGUUGGCUCAACUGAGUUUGCUGAGGAUUACUACAGCAAACUAAGGGACAGAACUGUGGCUUAUAUCAAUGUAGACAUCUCUGUGUUUGCCAACGCAACAUUGAGGGUUCAGGGGACUCCUCCGGCACAAGGUGUGGUCUUUGCUGCAUCGAAGCAGGUAAAAACCCCAACGAAUGACCUCACAGUGUACGACAAUUGGAUAAGUCACUUCAACCGCACCAGUUCACAGUACGGCGUCAUCCCCCAAGUUGGAACACUGGGAAUUGGCAGCGACUAUGCUCCGUUUGUACAUUACCUGGGAAUUACAUGCAUGGACAUGUCAUACACCUAUGACAGGAGGGUGACCUCAGCUCGUAUAUAUCCUGCCUACCACACAGCUUUCGACACUUUUGAUUAUGCAUCUAAAUUUAUAGACCCAGGUUUUACAAGCCAUCAGACGGUGGCACGUACUGCCGGGAACAUCCUGCUGCGGCUGUCAGACAGCCUCAUCCUGCCACUGGGGGCGAGAGACUAUGGAGAAACUCUGGAUGAGUUUUAUAGGCAAGCGGAGAGCUUCCAAACCAAUCUCAACAAGCAUGGCAUGUCUCUAGAGCCGUUAAAGCGGGCCACUAAUCGAUUUAAGGCCGCAGCCGAGUCUUUGGAAGAGUCCAUUAAAAGUCUAGCAGAUGUAAAUAAGACGCCACUGAAGAUUCGGAUGAUUAAUGACCAGCUUAUGCUCUUGGACAGAGCCUUCUUAAACCAGUUUGCUUUUCCAGACCGACUGUACUUCAGCCAUGUCCUCUGGGCCACCCGGAUUUCUUCUUCUGUGGCAACCUUCCCAGGUCUUGCAGAUGCCUAUCAGACAGCCAUCGAAAGCAACCACAAACAUGACUGGGAUCUUGUCCAUCACCAGUUAACCAUCGCCAUCCAGGCUGUGGAAAACGCUGCAUCAACCCUUGAGACUGUCACCAAACUAUAAUAUGGGAAAGGAUCUAGUACAACUGAAAACCCUCUCCCUCCACAUUUUGAUUUCUGAUUUGGUUUGAUACAUAUAUAGACUUCCUUAAAUGCACAUUUUAAAUAUAAAUAUCCUUUGUCUUUUAGGGUAGUGCAUCAUUUUUCUGGUAGAGAUUGCAAACACAUGGAGUUACAUGACAAUUCUGGCUUUCUGCAGCCACCAAUAGAAGGAGCUUACUGCAAACUGGUUAUACAUUGAACACUGUAUGCAGUAAUCCCCUAAGCGCCCCCUAGUGGUGACUUCAGGCGGAAAGUUUUACUGUAUAUCUGUAAAGGAGGUUAGGAGCUCUAUAUCAGAAACACAGAACUCCAAGCGCUUUAAAAAUCUACUAAGAAAUCAAUCUUCAUAAAAUUUUGGCCCUAAAAAUGAAGAACUUUCCUUUUAAGGGCUUAAAGGGGUUUUUCAAGACCAGGCACCCUUUUUCAUAUGCACAUGCAGGGUACAGGGUUUUAAUAGAAAAAGACUCAGCUGUCACCGGCACUCUGUUUCCAGCCCCAAGCUCACAUCACAUUCCAUUCCAGCGAGGAUCGGAAGUGGAGAAGAAUGGAGCUUGGCGCUGAAAC